AGUUACUGGAGACUUACUUUGGCGGCACCGUAGCAGCACAUGCUGCCGUCGCGUCGUCGUUUCUGCUCAUUCGGUCCGUCACGGUCUCGAGGAGACCGGUAUAUGUGCAUUCGACAUUGUCAGUGAAGACUUCGGAUCCGACGAAACCGGUUUGUCGGUGCACCGUACACGGUCACGUUAUCUAUUAUUAUUAUUAUAACAUUAUUACUUUUGAUACUUGAGAUUUCCGUUAUGGCGUGAUUUUACGACGUGCAAUUAUCAUCGUGGGAUGCUGGCAGGACAAUGAUGGGCUGCCGACGAAGGAUUCGCCGCGGAUUGCCGUGGGCACUUGCGUUCGUGUUUACCUCUGGGCUGCUGCUGUGGUCAAAAAACGACGGCGGAACCGGCAUUGACCCAGCUCUACAGGACGAUUGGAACUCGCUCAGAUUAAAAAGAGAUCAACAGGAGUAUAUUGAUCGCAGAGGACUUCAUGUUGUCGUGGGAUAUUAUCUGGGAGACGCUAAUAAUGUUGGUUCUAGUGCGAAUCUCACUGAAGAAUUGCUCAAUCGAAACAUGUUUGACCCAAAACCAAGGGAAGGCCAAGACGGAGUCCCAGUUGUCAUACCACCACAUUUGUCUUUGCAAAUGCAAAAACUCUAUAGAAUCAAUAGAUUCAACCUAAUGGCAAGUGACCGAAUACCGCUCAACAGGUCGCUUCCGGAUGUCCGGAAAAAAAUGUGUAGACUGAAAAAAAUUAUCAUAGAUGGCUUGCCGUCUAGUUCAAUAGUAAUUGUCUUCCACAACGAAGCUUGGUCUACGUUGUUGAGAACUGUUCAUAGCGUUAUUAACCGUUCUCCAAAGGCGCUUCUUAAAGAAAUAAUUCUAGUCGACGAUGCCAGCACUCGAACUUUUUUGGGUGAAGAAUUAAAUGAAUACGUUGCCAAAUUACCUAUUCCUGUACAUAUUUUACGUUCGGAAAAUAGAAUCGGAUUGAUCAAAGCCCGUUUGAUGGGUGCUCGAAAAGCAAGCGGCGAAGUAUUAGUGUUCCUCGAUGCCCACUGCGAAUGCACCAUAGGAUGGUUGGAAAGUCUUAUCAGUCGAGUGGCAGAGGACCGAAAACGAGUUGUAUGUCCUGUCAUUGACAUAAUAAGUGAUGAGACGUUCGCUUACGUUCGGAGCUUUGAAUUGCAUUGGGGUGCAUUCAACUGGGAUUUGCAUUUCCGCUGGUAUACGCGCUCCACUCCUGAUAUCAUUAGAAGACAAAAGGACAUAACUCAGGCGUUUAAGACCCCUGCGAUGGCUGGUGGUUUAUUCGCAAUGGACAAAUCGUAUUUCUUUGAGUUGGGAGGUUACGAUGAAAAAAUGGAAAUCUGGGGUGGAGAAAAUCUCGAAUUGUCAUUUAGGGUUUGGCAAUGUGGUGGUAGCAUUGAGAUAGCUCCGUGUUCUCACGUUGGACAUAUAUUCCGUAAAUCGUCUCCGUAUACGUUUCCUGGCGGUGUGUCUCGAAUACUUUAUACCAACUUGGCACGAGUGGCCUUGGUGUGGAUGGACGAAUGGCAAGAGUUCUACUUUAAAUUCAAUCCUGAAGCCAUAAAAGUCCGCGAUGAGCAACAGAUCAGAACUAGAUUGGAACUUAGAGAUCGGUUGCAAUGCAAAGGGUUUAGAUGGUAUUUGGACAACGUAUGGCCAGAACAUUUUAUGCCUACUGACCAACGGUUUUUCGGGAAGAUAAAAAACACGUUGUCCAACCAAUGCCUUGAAAAGCCCACAGGACGUGGCUCAUUAAACCAGCCUAUGGGUCCAGUAUUGAUUAGUACAUGCGAUGUCGAAGGACGGGCUGCUUUAACGCGUAUGUUCGUCAUGGCACCAACGGAAGGCCUCUCUUCCAAGGUAUGGUCUGGAGCAUUGAUGACUGAUGAAUCUGUAUGCUUGGAUACACCAGACCUAGAAACGGCUGAUGUGACGCUGAAAGUUAGGAUUGUUGCUUGUACUGGACAAAAACGUCAAAAUUGGAGAUACGACACAGAGACAAUGAGCUUAAUACAUUUAGAGACCAACUUGUGCUUGGAUAUGCCUACCAGUGAAUCAAGCAUUGUGCUAAAAGAUUGUGUUGACCAUGCUAGUCAAAAGUGGAUUUUCGAACCAGUCCAUUGGAAAUAACGUUAGGGUUUUCGAAACAAUAUGUAAAUGAAUUCUACUUAGCGAACCAAAUUGUGAAAUAUAUGUGAUGUAUUAAAAGUUCCUGUAAAAAUAGCUUUAAUCUAAAAUCUAUUUUUUUUUUUUGUUAUUUUUUUAUUUUUUUACGUUUUCAUUUUUACAUUUCUAUUUUAUUUUUACGGAAUACAUGUUAUUAUUUUUUAAAGACAUACGAAUUGAUAGUUUUAUAUCAAUACAUUUUCAAAUAGUAUAAGCUAUAAAUU